AUGAGAGGUCGGAUUUUUACUGGGUUCAAAAAUGGCGGAUGGUUUUUGACUCUCAACAGUCCAACUCCUGCAAUUCUGGUGGUUGUAGGCCUGCUGGAUGUUGAAAUAUUUCUCAUCCGCGAACAGGACCUUCUCUCAUCGCUGAGCUGCGGCGCGACGGUUGAGUUUUCGACAUUUUUUGAGCCGUACUUGCUUGUAGUGUUCCGUGAGGCGCUAAGCUUUUUGGAGCUUGUAAGACUCACUCUACGGUACAUUGAUCACCAUUCGUCGAUCCGUUGUUCCCUUGAUGCCGGUCUCCCGGGCAAUUUUCUUCAUGGACACCAUCAGAUUUUGCUUCACUCGCUUUCUGAUGAUCUCAAGGUUGGCAGAAGUCUUCAAGAUGCGCUUCCUUCUAAUUCCUGGACACUUACCACCAUGGCCAAGCUCGUUGAGUCGUUUGAUGGCUUUUCGUAUGGCAGGUUUUCCUACACCGACCAAUUUAGCAAUCUUUUACUGUCCUUUUUCUUUCCGUGA